AUGACAGGCUGGCCGUGCGGCCAACCAAUGAUGUACAGUCAAUGUCAGUGCCCGACUCCUUGCAGUUCGUACCUUGGCACGAACGGAGGCUAUGGCAGCUAUGAUAAUGGUGAUUCAAGCUACUAUUCUCGUCAUAGACCUCAUCGACGAAGGCAUCAUCACAAAAAGAAGAAGUUCCGCAUUGAGACCUUGGAAGAAUCCGAGGAGUUUCCAGAACCACCGUCAGCGACGUCAGAAUCAAGAGGGUCUACUAAGGGUUCCACUCACGACUGGGAAGAUGAGGAUAUGUGGGAGAAGAAGUUUGUGAAUGCGAAAUCCAAAGCGAAGGAGAUCUCUGAAGAGUUUCCAGAAAUCACCAGUGAAGAGGUGAGUGGGAAGAUGACUUUGAAAGAAUUCCUUCAGUAUACUGUUGUCACUGUUGGCUCUAAUGUGAGCCGCCCGAAUUCUAGCCGAUGCAGAGGAACCCAAAAAUGA